AUGACGACCCUUAUCCCCCGCGAGGCGUACUCCCCCGAGGAGCUACAGCGCCUCUAUCCCAAGGAGCUGAAGCUGCAAUUGGUGCAAGUGUUCUUGCGUCAUGGCGAGCGUACGCCUGUUUCGUCGCGGUUUCAAAAUACAGGCCUGAGUCCAUACUGGCCUUAUUGUGGUGUCGCAAGACGCAUGGUUCAGAUGGCUGCCGGCAACCAGGAUCUCUCCUCGUGGAAUGGUUUCCAAUGGCGGCGGAAGAUGGAGGCUUUUGGUGAUAACGAUGAGGCGAUUGUUGCGACCGGGGCUGGAGGUGAAAUUGAGGCUAUGUGUACUCACGGUGAACUCACCGACAAGGGUCGCGAGACAACCUAUGCGCUUGGCACGCGUCUGCGCCACCUAUACGUCGACCAACUCGGCUUCAUGCCUAACAUCAAGUCCGAUACAGAGGAUAUGUACCUUCGCGCCACGCCUAUUCCUCGCGCUCUCGAGUCCCUGCAGCAGGCCUUUUGGGGCUUGUAUCCGACCAGUGCACGCACUCAAGAUUUCCCCCCACCUGUGAUCGUCGCUCGCUCUGUGACUGAGGAGACGCUUUUCCCUAAUGAGGGUAACUGUCGCCGGUUCCGACAGCUUGCUCGCCUCUUUGCCGAUCGUGCUGCGGCUCGAUGGAAUGACUCUGAGCAGAUGGAUUAUCUGAACAAACUCUGGUCAAAGUACAUGCCCGAGACCUCGCCAAAGGUGGCUGUGGAUGCUCACCCACGUCUGUCGGGUAUCAUGGACACUAUCAAUGCUACUGACGCACAUGGCCCGGCUACUAAGCUCCCUUCGGAAUUCUAUGACAAGAAGGGCCGCGCGAUUUUGGAUCGCAUUGCAGUCGAAGAAUGGUUUGCGGGUUAUAAUGAGAGCAGCGAGUACCGCAAGCUCGGUAUUGGUGCUUUGAUGGGCGAUGUUGUCGACCGUAUGGUCAGCACCGCUGUCGAUGGUGGAUGGCGCAGUGAAAGCUCUGCAUCUGGAUCUGGUAUUCCCGAAGCUGGCAAGUCUAUCAAGUUUGCCAUGAGCGGAUGCCACGAUACCACCCUUGCCGCUAUCUUGUCCAGUGUUGGUGGUUUCCAGAAUGAAAACUGGCCGCCUUUCACCUCCUCGAUUGCCAUUGAGCUUUUCUCUCAGGCUUCUAGCAACAAAGCUGAUGCUGGUAACUUGCUUGAAGAGGUUUCCAACCCACCUGUUGCCGCUAAGAAGACUGGUGUCUUCUCGUCGCUCCUGGGUGGUGGCAAGUCGGUAUCUACGCAACCAUCCCCUUCCGAGACUGCCCGUGCCCCGGUGUCAUCUUUCCCCGAGGAGACCCGUGAUACCCUGCGCAAGCACUACGUCCGUAUUCGCUACAACGACCGCCCCGUGCGCAUCCCUGGCUGUGCUGCCAAGGCUGAGAACCACCUCCCUGGUGAUGAGACUUUCUGCACAUUGGACGCCUUCAAGGAGAUUGUCGACAAGUUCACGCCCAAGAACUGGCAAAGCGAGUGCGCCGCCAACUUGGGUGCUGGUCUGCAUGGCCCUAACGACGAGGCACGCUCUACUGCUGGUUUCUAG